GGCUUUAGAUUGUGUGAACCAUGCUGGAUGGUUGUGUUGACAAAGAAAAGCUCUACAGUAGAUGCACCAAAACAUUCAAGGGCAAUUUUCUCAAACGUGCUGUUACAAGUUUAUCAAAUGCAAAAAACUACAUUUAAAAUGUUGCUACAUAAGACCAAAAAGAGUCGGUCGGUCACAAUACGUGCACUUCAGGAGACAGUUGUAUGAUAUUUUCUGUUCAACACAACGCAAUCACACAACCACGAUUUGACAGUCGUAGCUUGGUAACAUCAAUUGUACUUUGGGAACUGUAGUCCUUUUAGUUCAGCAAAUCACAAAGGUGUCAGCAUGGCCACUGCCCUUUAAAUACGCAACUCGUUGCUUCAAACCACACCCACCCACCAAACCGGAGCAAACGUACCCCAAAGUCUGUUCAAGAACUGUGGUUCGGCAACGUAGCAAACGUUUAAGCGAACUGAACGCACCUCAGUAUGUGGCCGAUCUAGUUUCAGGUGUUUCGUUGGUUACGUUAGACUACUUACUGUAUUCUUAUCAUACCGUUUUAGAACGGUUAGUGUUCCUUCAUCAAGAGACGAGUAUUUUCACAUCAGAUGCCACCAUGCAUCAACCAACGAUAAUGUCGUUUUUUAAACCAGUCUCUUUCUAUAUUUGUGUAGUGAUAAUAAUCUAAUUUAUUUGGGAAAAAAUGUUGGCUGAUAUUGCACGUCGACAAAAUCGUUCACUGAUUGGUUCACUAGCUACGUCUGAACUUAUGCGUAUGAUGGUAAACAUCUGAGCGUGCGCUUGCGUACUGGUAGUAAUGGAGGACAGGUCCUUCUCUUCGGGGUAAAAUCGGAAUUACCAUUGAUAUCAAGACAACAACUGCCCAAUGAUUAUCGGUUGAAGCUGUUUAACAUUGUUGGGCCAUUCUAUUUAGCAUGGCAUCCGAUUCGGGGCCUCAGGCUCCCGGCUCCAAAGGGAUCAUGACCUUUCACCCCACCGCUGAGGAGUUCCAGAACUUCAGCCGCUACAUUGCCUACAUGGAGUCCCAGGGAGCACACAAAGCCGGCCUGGCAAAAAUCGUGCCACCAAAGGAUUGGAAACCCAGGAAGUCCUAUGACGAUAUAGAUGACCUGGUGAUCCCAGCUCCCAUCCAGCAGGUAGUGACGGGCCAGUCAGGUCUGUUCACCCAGUACAACAUCCAGAAGAAGCCCAUGACCGUCCGAGAGUUCCGCAAGACGGCCAACAGCGACAAGUUCUGCAGUCCUCGCUAUACCGACUUUGAAGAGCUGGAGAGGAAGUACUGGAAGAAUGUGACUUUUAACCCGCCCAUCUACGGGGCUGAUGUAAACGGAACGCUCUAUGACCCCGAUGUGACCGAUUGGAACAUCGGCAAACUGAGCACCAUCCUGGACACGGUGGAGCACGAGAGUGGCAUCACCAUCGAGGGGGUGAACACGCCCUACCUGUACUUUGGCAUGUGGAAGACCACCUUUGCCUGGCACACCGAAGACAUGGAUCUCUACAGUAUCAACUACCUCCACUUUGGAGCGCCCAAGUCCUGGUACUGCGUUCCUCCAGAGCAUGGGAAAAGAAUGGAGCGCUUGGCUCAAGGGUUUUUCCCUGGAAGCCACCAAAAUUGCGAAGCCUUCCUGAGGCACAAGAUGACCCUCAUCUCUCCCUCCAUAUUGAGGAAAUAUGGCAUUCCAUUUGAGAAGAUCACUCAGGAGCCAGGUGAAUUCAUGGUGACGUUUCCCUACAGCUACCAUGCCGGCUUUAACCACGGCUAUAACUGUGCAGAGUCCACUAACUUUGCCACUGAAAGAUGGAUUGAGUAUGGAAAGCGAGCCAUACUGUGUUCAUGCAGGAAGGACAUGGUGAAGAUCUCCAUGGACCUGUUUGUGAAGAAGUACCAGCCGGAACGCUACGAGCAGUGGCUGGCGGGUCGGGACACGGGGUCCAUUGACCACUCACGACCCACCCCAGAGGCCAAGGAGUUCCUAGGGGAGGAGGAGGGGAGAUGCAGUCCUUCCCAUGAGCCCUGUGUGGAGGAGCUCAACACGGAGGGGGAGAGAAAGAGCCCCACACAGAGGAUAGGGACCAAGAGGCACAGAGUGUGUCUGGAUGUACCUGACGAGGUGGUCCCUAAAGAUGAGGAAGAGGAGUAUGGAAAGAAAGCCAGACUUGGCCUCACCACUCAGGUCACAGGAGCAGAGGAGUGCAAAGAUACAGUCACCUUGAUGGACCUCCCUAAUGUAAAGACGGACCCAAUGCAGGGCAACCGCAGCAGAAGCACUACUCCGCAAAAAGUCACCAUCCCCUCCAUCAGCAAUCAUGCGACGGCCAUUUUGGCUCAACCCCAGUCGCACAGAAACAGGCACCUUCCAGUAGUGGCUCCUCCAGCCAGGACCGGCCCCUCCACCCAGACGAUCAGAAAGCUAGGGGUGGCCAGCCUGCUCUUUCAUAAGACCCAGAGCCCUAAGGAGGCCCUGCAGGGCCACAGCUACGCCCGUGAGAACCAGCAGCAGAUUCACCACACCCACCUCCAUGUGCACAGUUAUGCCAGGGAGCACCUGCCACGGCACCUCCAACCCCACCUCCAACUCAAGGCCAAGCCCCAGGCCCAAGUCAAGGCCGAGCAGCAGGAGUCCCACGUCCCAUCUACCAAAGGAGAGCAGAACCAGGCCGACGCACAGAUUCCCUGUAAGGGAGAACCGGUUGAAACCAAAGCCCAGACUCAAGGCCUCGGUAAGUGGCGGCAGCAUCCUGGCGAGGCCCAGGCUUGGGAGGAGAGGUCCGAAGCCAGGUCCCCUAGCAGUCCAGAGCCUGUCCAGACCCAAGCACACACCAGGGCUGCCAAGAGGGUCGAGGCGGAGGUCCGAAGGGACAGGCGGAAGCAAUGUCUUUCCCCUGUGCAGGCGGAGGUAACUUUAAUGAAGCAGACAAACGUACGUCCAAGUAAGCCGACGAUCUUACGUCCAAGUAAGCUGACAAACUUAAGUCCAAGUAAGCAGACGGACUCAAGUUCAAGUAAGGAGACGUAUUCCAGUCAGAGUAAGCAGACGGAAUGCAAGAGCAUGAAGAGCAAACCGCAUCCUCUCCUCCGCAAGCUGCCCAAACAGCACCCACUACUCAGGCCCAGGGAAAGCUCUAGUGAUGACGAUGAGCUGUAUGUGAAUAUGGAGGAUGAACCAGAGGAGACGGAGGAGUGGGCCAAGCCCCUUGCCAAGCUCUGGCAGAGUAGACCCUACAACCCCCAGGCGGAGAGGGAAUACAACCAACUCAUGGGCCUGCAGGCCCCCUACUGCUCCAUCUGCCUGCUUUUCCACACAUAUGACCAGUCGGAGUCUAGCGGCAACCCCAGCUACACUCUAAAAGGCCGGCGAGGGGGCAGACAGAGGUCCAAGCCCCUGAUCCCGGAGAUGUGUUUCAGCACCACCAAUGACAAGACCAACAACAGCAGCAACAGCGGCGAGGGCCAACUUUCCACCCCUCACCUGGAGGAGGACGGUACCAGCCUCCUGGUCAGCUGCUCCCAGUGCUGUGUCCGUGUUCACGCCAGUUGCUAUGGAGUUUCUGCAGACCAAGUGUCAGAUGAGUGGAUGUGUGCCCGCUGUGAGGCCAACGCUUUAACUGAGGACUGCUGCCUGUGCUCACUGCGAGGGGGAGCUCUACAGAGAGCCAACAAUGACAAGUGGGUGCACGUGCUGUGUGCGCUCGCGGUCCUGGAGGCGCGGUUCGUGAAUAUCGCCCACCGCAAUCCCGUGGACCUCAGCUACAUCCCUCUGGCCAGGUUCCAACUGAAGUGUUUCUACUGUAAGCGCCGGGUGAAGAGGGACGUGGGCUGUUGUGUGCAGUGUUCCCAUGGCCGCUGCACCACCGCCAUCCACCCCACCUGCGCCCAGGCUGCUGGCCAGCUCAUGCAGCCUGACGACUGGCCCUUCAUCGUCCACGUCACCUGCUACAGGCACAAGUCACCUGUCCUGCCGGAGCGCAAUAAGGCGGCCAUGCGAGAGCUAGAGGUUGGCCAGAAUGUUAUCUGUAAGCACAAAAAUGGCCGCUACUACCAGUGUGAGGUGCUGGAGCUGACCAUCGCCACCUUCUACGAGGUUGUCUUCGAUGACGGCUCCUACAGCGACAACCUCUUCCCAGAGGACAUUGAGAAUCGGGACUGCGUGAAGCUGGGCCCGCCAACAGUGGGCGACGUAGUGCAGGUGCGCUGGACCGACAACCUGCUUUACGGGGCCAAGUUUGUCGCGUCGCACUCCAUCCCUAUGUACCAGAUGGAGUUUGAGGACGGGUCGUCGCUGUCUGCCAAGAGGGAAGAAGUCUACAGUCUAGACGAGGAGCUGCCCAAACGAGUCAAGUCCCGGAUGUCCAAGGCAUCAGACAUGCGCUUCGACGGGAUCUUCACGGAGAAGGAGGUGAAGCAGGGCUCCAAAAGACAGCGAGUCAUCAACUCCCGUUACAGAGAGGACUAUAUCGAGCCUCUCAUAUACAGAGCUAUCAUGGAAUAACCCUCUUUCUCUACUUCCUUAUAAACUCACCACACACCCAGAGAGUGGGGCAUCUCUGGGCACCCACAGCCUUGACAAGUGGCUCCAACUCUGGGUACCAGUACGAACAAACUCUCCCAUGUCCCUUGGGCAUUUUUGUAAACCAGGGCUGGGACUUUAAGGGAGUUUCUGCUCUUCAUGAACCCUCCCCUUAUUUCUGUGAAUGCUAUCUUUAUCCUCUUUUGCUGAAAUAGUUCAAUAAAAUAUACAAGUUGGAAUUGGAACUACUCAUUGAACCGGAACCGCAGGUUUUUAUUUAUAUACAUAUUUCGAUGACGACCUGCUCAACUCUAGAAUUUCAUUUCUGCAUUAUCUCCUGCCCUCUUUGGACAAUUUGUUUCUCUGAACUUGAGGUGGCAUUUUAAUCUCUAGCUUUACCCAUCCAAAAGCAUUAGUUGGUCGAUGAAAACAAUGGUAUUUCACAAUGCAGGCCAUUAUUCAAUCCGAUUUUCAGUAAUAUGCUGUUGAGUGAUUUAUUUUUAAUCCCCAAACAUGUUUUGCUUUAUACUCUUUGCAAUACAUAAAUUUAUGGACUUCAUAGGAAUGUGCAGGUUUGAUAGUGUCUACUGUGACAAUAGGAAGAAGUUAGUAGCCCAAGCCUUAAGUUCAAAGGGCAGUGUUUUCUUGUUAAGUUUAGCUUAACAACUUUAAAGCUUUGGAUUUAUUGCAUUUAAUUUAUGUAAGUUGUAUGAGUUUGAGAAUGCAACUGUUUGAUACCACAGCUCACUGUGCUUACAAUCUCAGAAAAUCCCCAAGAUGUAUUUAUUUGUUAUGUGGAUAGGUUUUUGGACGCAAGUUGGUUCUCGAUUCUUGUUAUUAUUUUUUUUCUAAGCCAUCCUGGGUUGCAUUGGUAGUGUGUGUGUAUAUAUGCCAUAGAGAAUGAACAAGAGCUUCCCUACAUAGUUCCCAUUAUGGCAUCUUAGAUUGCCACAAUGGUGUUUCCUGUGCAAUCUCCAUUUUGAAGUAGUACAUUUUCUUCACGAAUGGCUGAUCCCUCCUGAUGACCUGGCUGGACAUGACUCCAACAGGUUCACCAGGUGGAAUCAGCCAAUGAAGUUCGAAGUCCCACUCAGUUCAAUACAUUUUGGUGAGGCCCAUGCUAAAAUGGCCCUGUGGCCGCUAGAAGCCUCUGUCAUUCUCGAUAGUAUAUGCCAACAUGGGUCAACCUCCUACUCCCUGCAGAAAAAAGCACUUAUUUCUCUCCCUAAAGUACCCAUGGCAUGUCUAUCUUUGCUUUUGCAGGUGGCUGUUAAGUUCAGGUACAUAACUGAGCAUGUGCAGAAAAGUUAGUUGGUCAAUUACAGCCUAGGUGUAUACUAGUUGGUUUGUGGUCCUAUCACAACCAGUGAGAAAACUGCAGAAAGUUUUUAUAGGAAAAAUAUAUUUUCAUAUCAUUAGAAGAAUGUUCUUCCCCCUAAAUGCUUUGUCGAAGUUUCUUGUUGACAUACAUCGUUACCAUCUUUGGAUAGUAUUGUAUAUGUAGCUAAUUUAAAGCUGUAAAGUCUAUCUCAGGAGGACGCACACAUACACCUCCCCCUACACCUCUUGAGCCGCACCGCCGAUUUACGUUUUGUUUCCAUGGCUACUGUUUGAAGCGCUUGGAUUGAUUUGGUAUGUACAUGGGAAGUGUCAACUCUGUGCAUUACAUUUGUAAACAUCAACUGUUGCAGUAAAGACCGGACUAAGAAAAGCUCA